AUGAGGAUUGGCGUAGCACUGGUGGUGAUGGCACUGGUUGCAUUGGCCGUAGUAGACGCCAAAUGCAAGUGUCCUCGCAACGAAUGCGAUUGUCAGUUGGAGAUUCUUCGUGGGCCCCAACCGCAACUGUUUCCAUUUUACAAGAAAAAGAAAUGUAACGUGACCAAACCACUUGAAUUCAAGCCAAAACCAGAUGUUUGUUCUUGCGAGCAGGAAUAUCGUAUUCGUCCCUCAGCUCCUGACUGUGUCGAACCAAAGUUCGCAAAGUCUCAAUCUUGCGAAUGUGGUUACGAUAAUAAUGAAAAUCAGCGGAAGCGAAAAUAUCCCGCCGACAGCAUCAGUCAACAGCUGGCAAUUUUGAAUGCGAAGAAGAAAGAUGUUCCCGAAAUGUACUUGCACAUGCACGCAACUCCAAUGAAGCCCUCGCCGAUGCCGAAGCAAGCCGGCGUUGCUGAAGAACGACUUUUCAAAACGAACCUUAAUGUACUUGAGCUAAAACCACCGAAACGGAAGCGUAUCCAUUAUCGUAUGUACUCGUCGGAAGAAACGGAAGGCGCACCGUGCCAUCCGAAGGACCAAAACUACUGUGACAUCUGCUAUGGCAAGGUUGAAGCCAAGGAGCCCAAGUUCGAUGUACUGCGCCAAGACGGACCCGUGUGUGACAAUUGUCAGGAUCGCGAAACCACCGAAGAGGUCCUAAGUACGGAGGAGGACUAUUCGCCAGAAAAACCAACUCAGCACUGUUCCAAGUGCUCGAAAUCGAAGAAAAAGUGCGACUGCCCUCCGAAGUACGUGAGCUAUGAAACUGAAUCGGAAGAAGACGAUUGCCCAUUUGCUAAACACUAUUCGCGGUCCGUCCGUUCAUCGAGCGACCUUGAGCCUGCACUAGUAGUCUAACGUGUUUAGUACUUGGCACGAUUUGUGUGGUUUCCGUUGUGAUAUACUAAUAUAAAAUAGAUUUUGCCU